GUAUGACCAUGAAUAAAUUUAGGAACUGGAUGUACCAUCACUCAAAAUCAGCUCAAAUAAGCUCAUUGCCACCCACAUCACACCUACUAACAGACCACAUAAAACAAUAUGGCUACAUGAAGGACCCCACAAAUGAUUCUCUUAUCCCAAAGCAGGACAUAAGGAUUUGGCCUGAAGAUUUGAUAAAGCAAUGUACAUGCAAAACUUGCAGCCAGGCAUCAUGUGGAUGCAAACAGAGUGGGCAACACUGCAUAUCAUUCUGCAAAUGCACAAGUUUACAAACAAAUAAAUGUAAAAAUCCCUUUUUAAAAGAGAGUGAACUUUUGGAGGCAAUGCUUAAUUAAUGUUUUAUGCUGAUAAAAUGAACUGUUUUAAUCAAAUAUCACAAAACAAAUUGAAUGUAACAGUUGUUUUCUAGUCUCUUAUUUUACAAUGAAUUGGAAUUUAGGUAGAAUCAGAUCAGGGAGCAGUUUUCAAAAAUAUUUAUGUCAUAUUCGUAAUCACAUCUAUUUUCUAGAAAUUCAAAGAGGUGCAUUCUUUAUUAAAAAAUAGAGGUAUUUCUGUUAAUACGUUCAAGUGUUUUGCUGUGGAUAUAUAUACUUUGAAUCUGAAAUAUGGUUAUAUUAUUUCAUAAAAUAGCAUGUAUCUAUUAGGAGGUACAAUAUUUGAAAUGGUCAGGAAGACUUGGGGAGGCUAAAAGCGCAUUUUGCUUUCAAUUUUGUCAUUGUUCUCUAUGUUUCUUACUUUGCCUUCAAAAAUCAUACAUGAUUUACAAACAAAUGAAACUUAUAGAAAAAUAUAUUUUCUAUAGAUGGCGCCUUUUAUGCAUGGUUUAAUUCUGUCUAUAAUGUAUUCAUUAAUAACCGUAAUUGUCAACCAUAAGCUUAACUUGUCUAAAUAUAUAUUUUUCUACUUGUUACAUCAUGUUAGGUUUACCUUAGAAAUAAAAAAGCAUAUGUAUUUGGUAAUAUGUAAAAACUGAUAUUUUGUCAAAUUUCUUCCACUUUUACAAAAAAUAUUUUUUCUAAGUUCCCAUGUCCCACAUAUAUUAAUUUGAUACUGCAUCAUAUGUCCCCUUUAUGGUUCUAAUUAUUACACCAAUAAUAACAAUUUUAUCU